GCUUCAUUGUCGUGUCGUGUCGUCCGUUUAGCAGGCGAAGAUACGAAAUCUAAACAAGAGUCGACCACAAGACAUGUUAUCCGAAAAAGGCCCAAGGCCUGCCAGUCCCUCUUUCAACGUGAAUUUACGACCAUUGGUGACGAGACGCAUACUGUUCGCCUGUACAACGUUAGUGUUACUAUCGUUACUCGUUCACCAGGCGUACUACGUACGCGAGAAUAUACUCGGUGAUGUGUUACCUGGGACGACAUCAGAAACCUCAUCCCCAGGAGCCUCGUCGUCGGGCGAGAUAUAUCAACCUGCGCUAGACGAGUAUGGAAAGAGUAUCGAAGAACCGUCAGACUCCUCCUCGGCCGAGGACGUCCUCGAGUUCGAGACGCAAUUCGACUACGAAGAACGAGGAGCUUUUACUCCAUACCGGAUACACGGUUUCGACAACACCGGUAUCCCUGGAGGAGAAUAUAUUGCCAAAAAUUUGUCAUGUUCGUCGCUCGCCCAUUCGGCGCAAGUUGGAGUACAGGAGUCGUUCUUCCUGCACGACAACCUCAUGGAAAUUGCGGCAGACCUCGACAAACAUCCCAUGGUUAACUACCGACCUACCGUCGGCAGAAUCGGGGAAGACAAAUUCCCCCUGUCACAGAUCGUCGACAUGUCAUGGGAUAGACUUGCCACGGCCUGUGUCUUCAUGCAGGACUACGGCGUCUACCUCUGUGUGUCGCGGGUCAUGUACCAUCCCAACGGGAAAAACGAGAAUUGCCUCAUCAGUUUCCUUCGAGGCCAAAUCUUCAGCGAAUCUUGGAUCCACCUCGAUCGGUACAGACUGAAAUGGCAGGACCAGGAAAUUGUCUUCCCCAAGAUCUUCGACACAAAGACCGAGUACGACAUUGCCGGGGCGCUGUACGGACCCGAAGACGCCCGCAUCAUCAUCGAAGAAGGUGUCCAGGGCGCCGAGCCAGUGGUGGUGUUCAACAUGAUCUCGACACAAUCAGACUGGAAGCGAGCCAUCUGGGUCUUCCGGCCGUUCUCGCAACGCUCGCGUAUCCUGACCAUUCGGGGACAAGAAGAACGUGCACAAACAGAAAAGAACUGGGCUCCUUUCUUCGUGCGGGAGAGUGACGAGGACGACUCGAUGACCGCGACGCGUCAACCGAGUCAACACAUCCACUUCAUCUGGCGAUUCCAGCCGUUGACGGUCCUAAAAUGCCACUUGAUCUCCGGCAUGUGCGACAUUGUGUACGAGCAGACGACGACCCCGGAGCUCUUGAGCUACCACGAAGAUCACGACGCUAGUCUCCGCGGAGGGACGCAACUUGUGCCCAUCCCACUCUCCCACAAGCACUCCACGUCCUUUGGAGCGGCCGGCGUGCAGGCUUUCGCGGCCUUUCCCCGGACUCACAUUGAGAAUGCGGGUGGUUGCGGCAUGGCCGUCUACAGACCCGAACUGGGCGUGAUUGUCACCAACACGACACAUUUCUACCUGAGUUAUGGGUCCAAAGCCGUCGACUUUGGUCCCAACAUGGUCAUGGACGGACCCACGGUGACCGACGUCUGCACUGCCGGGCGUAUCAUGAUCACCAACAGCAUAGCCAGGUGGGACAUGAACGCCCACGACAACCGAGGGGCCCAGACGGACAUCAUGACCCUGACCCUUUCGGUGGACGACUCGACCGUUCAGGUUCUUCGGUUGAGUGGCGUUUGGGACCUCUUGAGGACCCUACCUUCUCUGGCGGGAUACUUUGGCCAGUCCGGACCCGGCGCCGCCGGCGCCAGCCAGAUCGAAGAGUUCCCCGCCAUCGAAAAGGUCGCGGACGACUGGCUCGACGCUCGCGUCAGGGUGGUCGACCCGUUCGAGCGAGCCAACGCCGUGGGUUGGGACAUCCGAGCUUGCCUGGAGGAGUCGGCCCUGGAGUACGUCCGGGUGAACUCGGACAAGCACAACCAGAACCAAGACCAACGUAACCGAGAAAAGGAGGAAGAGAGGAACAAGAUCAUCGAGGAAGAAGAGACCCGAAAGAAGGCGGAAAAGGACGAAGCCGCCAGGAGGAGAGAGGAGGAGAGGGCACAGAGAAACGCGGCCAAGGCCAAAGAGUUGGCCGAACUCAAGAAGGCGGCCACCAUGCAAACGGAACAGGAAGAGGAAGAGCUCGAAUUGAAAAAGGAGGCCGCCGCCGUUGCCGCCGCAAAGGCCGCCAAGGAGGGCAAAGCAGCCAUGGUCGACAAAGAAGCGCUACCUAAAUAUGGAGAAAAGAGACCCGAGUUUGACGACGUUGAGAGUCAAUUGGAAAAGGAUGAUGUUGUGGACGCUUGGGAAUAUGGACAUCCAUAAUCGACGACGACGACGACGACGACCGAGUUCGAGUCUGGAUCCAAGCAUGGCCGGCAUACGUUAUUUUUCACUUCAUUACAGGGCGUUUGAGACCUUUGGUAUUUUUGGGCUUUUGACUUUCAUCCCUCUCAUAUAUGACCUGUCAUACGGAUUCUGGAUCGAUUAUGACUGCCUAGUGGUAUCCUUACUCAUGGCGUAAGGCGCGGCGGUUUCGAGAAGGGCGGGCGACAUCGAGGACUCACACCUUUUUUAUACUUUUUUAUAUCCUUGAUCGAACAUACAGAUACAGUACCUCGUCCGACAAUGGACCAAAUGGACAAAUAGAAACUGGGACAACAUGAAGCUGGAAUUACU